UUUUCCGCGCCAGCUUUGGCCUCAGACCACAAACGGCGACGGCGGCAGAGGAUGGAGAGCGGCGACGACAAGUCCGUGGAGAAGCACCGCGUCCACCUGCGUCCCGACACGCUGCGCGAUGCCGCCCCUGCCACGCUGCACCUUCUGCCCUGCGAGGUCCCGGCGAACCGGCCCGCCCCGGUGGGGCGCUUCUUCACCCCGGCCAUCCGCCGGGCUCCGGACGGGCUCCGGGUGUCGUUUCGGGGCCGCAGCCUCCGGGGCGAGGAGGUGGCGGUGCCGCCCGGCCUCGUGGGCUACGUGAUGGAGAUGGAAGACCCGGGAGAGGUGUUGGGGGCGCCGGACUUCGCGCCCAGCCCGGGCAGAGAGCUCGGAGAGGAGCAGGAGCAGGAGCUGGAGCGCAACUUCGACCGUUUCAUCGGAGCCACGGCUAGUUUCAGCAGCUUCACCCUGUGGGGCCUGGAGACCGUUCCUGGGCCCGAUGCCAAAGUGCGUGGAGCCCUGAGCUGGCCCAGCCUCGCCGCCGCGACCUAAUGCCCCUCAUCUAUCCUGUGACGGAGCCGGUGCUGGCCCCCGGCCCCUACGUGGAGAUCAUCGAGCAGCCCAAGCAGCGGGGCAUGCGUUUCCGCUACAAGUGCGAGGGCCGCUCUGCGGGCAGCAUCCCC